GCCAACCAGUCCGAUCCCAUCCCCGAGUUGAUUCGCUUCGGACUCGCUCUCCAUUUCCAGAUCCCAUCUCCGAUUCAUGAUUCAUGCACCAUUAAUGGUGUUCUAGGUUUAGUAGGGUCUGCCGGGGUUGUGUCCCUCGUUUUGUUUAGCAAUGACGUUUUCAUCUGUCUUGAGGAGAAUCUCAGCUGGUUUGUUAUUUUUCAUCCUCGUUUCACACUCUUGCAAUGGGUUUUAUUUGCCGGGCACCUACAUGCAUACAUACUCCAAUGGUGAUGAAAUCUUUGUUAAAGUGAAUUCAUUAACCUCAAUUGAGACUGAGCUUCCCUUUGGCUACUACACUCUCCCUUACUGCAAGCCCCAGAAUGGUGUCAAGAAAAGUGCUGAGAAUCUUGGAGAGUUGUUGAUGGGAGAUCAGAUUGAUAACUCUCCUUACCGUUUUCGGAUGAAUGUGAAUGAGUCAAUUUUCCUUUGCACCACUCCCCCACUAAAGGAUUACGAAGUGAAGCUAUUGAAACAGCGGACACGUGACCUUUAUCAGGUGAAUAUGAUCCUAGAUAAUUUGCCUGCUUUGAGAUAUACUUCCCAGAAUGGAAUGAAGAUUCAGUGGACUGGGUAUCCUGUCGGAUACACAUCACCAAACAGCAAUAACGAAGCUUACAUUAUUAACCACUUGAAGUUUAAAGUUUUGAUUCAUGAGUAUGAGGGUGCUGGAGUGGAGAUAAUCGGUACUGGGGAAGAAGGUAUGGGUGUUAUUUCAGAGACUGAUAAGAAGAAGACGUCUGGUUAUGAAAUUGUUGGUUUCGAGGUUGUCCCUUGCAGUGUUAAAUAUGAUCCUGAAAAGAUGGACAAGCUUCACAUGUAUGAUAGUGCCACGCCAAUACAGUGUCCAUUGGAGAUCGGCAAGUCUCAAGUUGUAAGGGAGAAUGAGAGGAUAUCAUUCACUUAUGAAGUUGAAUUUGUGAAAAGCAACAUCAGAUGGCCAUCUCGAUGGGAUGCUUAUCUCAAGAUGGAAGGUGAUCGUGUCCACUGGUUCUCAAUUCUCAACUCAUUGAUGGUGAUUCUCUUCUUGGCUGGGAUUGUUUUUGUCAUCUUCUUGAGAACUGUCCGAAGGGAUUUAACAAGGUAUGAAGAAUUGGAUAAAGAAGCUCAAGCACAGAUGAACGAGGAACUUUCUGGGUGGAAGCUAGUGGUGGGCGAUGUGUUUAGAGAACCGAAUCACUCAAAGCUACUCUGUGUUAUGAUUGGAGAUGGGGUUCGGAUUACAGGAAUGGCAGUUGUGACUAUUCUUUUUGCUGCUCUUGGUUUCAUGUCACCAGCUUCUCGGGGCAUGCUGUUAACGGGAAUGAUAAUGCUUUACCUGUUUUUGGGAAUCUCAGCUGGUUAUGUAGGUGUUCGGCUAUGGAUAACCAUCAAGGGAAAUCCAGAGGGAUGGAAGUCAGUUUGCUGGGCAACCACAUGUUUCUUUCCAGGGAUCGUUUUCAUCGUGCUCACAGUUUUGAACUUUAUUCUGUGGGGAAGCCAUAGCACUGGUGCGAUCCCCAUUUCCUUAUACUUCAAACUCUUAGCCCUAUGGUUCUGCAUUUCGGUCCCACUCACUCUCUUGGGAGGUCAUCUUGGGACCCGAGCAGACCCCAUUCAGUUCCCUGUCCGAACCAAUCAGAUCCCAAGGGAGAUCCCAUCAAGAAAAUACCCAUCAUGGAUUCUUGUUCUCGGAGCUGGAACUCUUCCAUUUGGUACACUCUUCAUAGAACUCUUCUUCAUCCUCUCUAGCAUCUGGCUUGGACGCUUCUAUUACGUUUUUGGUUUUCUCCUCAUUGUCUUCCUUCUUUUGGUGAUCGUUUGUGCGGAGGUCUCAGUUGUCCUCACAUACAUGCAUUUAUGUGUUGAGGAUUGGAUGUGGUGGUGGAAAGCUUUCUACGCCUCAGGUUCCGUCUCUCUCUAUGUGUUCUUGUAUUCCGUCAACUAUUUGGUGUUUGACCUUCGGAGUCUGAGUGGGCCCGUGUCUGCCAUGCUGUAUUUAGGCUAUUCAUUGAUAGUGGCAGUUGCAAUCAUGCUCGCCACAGGCACCAUCGGUUUCCUAACAUCGUUUUACUUUGUCCAUUACCUCUUCUCAUCCGUGAAGAUUGAUUGAGCUUGAACCUAUUCUAAUGAACCAACCAACCAACCGUGUUUGUUCAGAUAGAUAUGAAGAAGAAGAAGAAGAACCUUUCUGCUAUGAUACCUAUAGAUACCUCAUUUCUGUGAUUCUUUCAAUUUACCGUUUGUUCAGUUUUCUUGUCUUUUCUUUAUUUUUCUGCAUUUAAAGUUGGUCGUAGCUCGUCCGUUCCUUGUAACUUUUGGACAUGUAGUCAUCAUACUGUAGCUGGAUGAUGCCAUUGUUGGGAUAAAGCCUUGACAGUGGAUACUGAAGUGUAAUCUGCUUGAUAUGGUUUUGAAAGCAGAGAAAGAAACUCCAUUGAGCUUUGCAUGGCAACUCCUGAUUUAAUACAGAUCUUGUGCUGGG